UAGCACACGGAGUGAGGAUUGUAUCUGCUUGCUACACACUUCUUUGUCAGCCAACGCUCGUCUGUUGUUUUGAGCCGCGGCUGCGCCAGCGCAGUACCUCUUGAGAAGCUGCGCGGCUGUGCAGACUUUUAAGCCCGUGGAUGUGUGACCUGGUUACAUCUUUCCCGACUGAGUUCACGCAGACGAUGAAUUUGGACAGGUUUUCCGCAGAAUCUGCGCAGAUUUAGCAAAGUCUGCAUAUCGUGAACGCACCCAUAUUGUGACCCCUGCAGCAUUGGGGUGGAUUACGCAAUGGACUACAACACCCAUGACGCACUUGCACAAACGGUUACUGGAGGAGACUAAUAAUUUGAAGAGUUUCGAAAGCCCCAAACGUGUUCAGAACGAUUUCUGCUGCUCAAGUUAGCUGAUUUUUUUUAUACUUGAGAUGUUUAAGAAACCGAACCGGAAUUUUAGGAGGAGACGGGCUGAUUCGAGCGAGGAAGAUGAGAUAAAGAGGACCAGAGAAGGUGAAGGGCGAGGGACACAAGAAGAGGUCCACGUAUCUGCCCCGGCCCGGCUGAGCCUGCAGCAGCAGCUGGGCAGGGGCAUCGCCUGUAGUUCUAAGCGGGAGUCGGUGAGCUCCAAACUGGAUUCAGGGGAUGGAGGCGAUCAGCUGGAGAACGACUUAAAUGAUCAGAUUUCAGAGGUAGCAACUGAACAGGGGGAAGACAAGACCGUCGAAAAUAAACUGAAACGUGUAAACAAAGAGAAAAAGAAAAGUGUGUUGAGUUUUGUUGAUGAUAAAGUGUAUGGAAAUGAAUUUAAGAUUAAGAAGCCUACUGCAAACACUAUUGUUUUCAAAGCACAGAAGAAAGAGGAAACUCGACCAGCAGAUAAAAAGCUUGUACAAUCUAAAGGUCGGGAAGAUCGGAAAGCUGAGAGCAGCUCUGGAGAAGAAGGUGAUGAUGCUGAAGGAGAUGAGAUGUCUGUAGGAAGCGAUGAUGACAGGAGCUCCCAGACAUCUAGUAGAUCCAGUUCUUCAGAAUCUGUGGCAGGUGAUAUCCCUGAUGCAUGGCGAAUCCAGGCAGCGAGAAGGCAACGUCAGCUGGCUAGAGCCCAAAAGGACUUCAUUUCCUUGGUCACAACCCGGGGGAAUAGCCCUGGAGUAAAGGAUCAAGAAGAUGGAGACAGCAACAACGAACCAGAUGAUCAUGAGCGAAGGAUCCAGUUUACACCAAAACCAAAAACCUUAAGACAAAGGAUAGCUGCAAAGAUUGGUAGGAGUGAAAGUGAAGAUGAGAUGACCGACAGCCAGGAAGAUGAUUAUCAGAAUCUGUGGGAGAAACAACAGAUCAGAAAAGGGACAAACAUCCCACAGAUUACAGAUAUUGAUAAUUCCAGAAAGGUUGUGAAACAUUUCAAUUCUGCUACAUCCCUUCCUCCAGUCAACCUAGAAAUCAUAAAGAAGCGCUUAACUAAAAAGCUUGAAUCUGUAGAGCAGGUUCAUCGAGCACACCAGAGGGAGCAGGAAAAAAUUCAGCAGGACAUUGAGAGCGCUAAGACCUGUUUAGAAAACCUGGAAGAUACCUCUCGAGACCUGCGCUACAAAUUCUAUAAAGAAAUGAGAAUAUAUAUACAAAACUUGGUAGACUGCCUCAGUGAAAAGAUCCAGAUGAUAAGUGAAGUAGAAUCGGAGAUGCAUUACUUGUUAAAACACCAAGCACAAGCUAUUUUGAAUCGAAGACGGGAGGAGGUCAAAGAGGAAUCUUUAUACAUCCAGCAAAUCACGAAUAACACUAGUUCAUCUAAUAUUGGUGAUAGAAAGAAAUGCCUUGUAGAACAGAAGGAAAGAAGGGCUCGCAGAAGGCAGCUCAAUGAGAACAAAGCGGGUCAUCAUGAAGGCCUAUCUAGUGAUGAUGAAGUAGACCCAGCUGAAAUGGCUGAUUUCCAGAAAAGGAGAGAUGACAUAUUAUGCGAGUCUCGGAAGAUCUUCGAUGAUGUUCACGAGGACUUCCAUAACAUUAAGGACAUCCUUUCAAAGUUUGAUCAGUGGAGAGGCAGGUUUGCUGACUCCUACUAUGAUGCUUACGUUGGGCUUUGUCUUCCUAAACUUCUCGGCCCUUUAAUCCGCUAUCAACUUGUUGACUGGAACCCCCUGAAGGAAGAUUGUGAAGACUUUGAGACAAUGCCCUGGUACACAGCUGUAGAGCAGUUUUGUUAUGGCAGAGAACAUGAAGGAUUUGAGAUUAAGGAUAACCCUGAUAUGAAAACGUUGCCCUCAGUCAUCGAGAAAACAGUAAUUCCAAAAAUUCAAGAUUUUGUGCAACAUAUUUGGGACCCUCAUUCAUCAACACAGACCCAAUGUCUAGUGAGGCUUUGUAGGAAGCUGGAAGAUGGCUAUUUACUGUUUCAGGGUUCACAGAAGAAAGCAGUACAGGAUUUUGUUAAUGCUGUAAUCUUGAGAAUGAGAAGUUCAGUUGAUGAAGAUGUGUUUAUUCCUCUUUAUGCUAAAAAGUUCCUGGAGGACAGAAAUUCAUUGCAAUGUCAGUUUCAGGACAAGCAGUUCUGGUCAGCUGUCAAGCUUCUAGGUAAUAUUAUGCAGUGGGAUGGCUUGGUACCAGAGGAGGCUGUAAAAGAACUGGCGUUGGACAAGCUUCUCAAUCGCUAUGUUCUGAUAACUCUUCUGAAUACUCAACCUGGAAGAGACAGUGUGGAGAAGUGCAGAGAGACAGUGGCAUGUUUUCCUAAGAGUUGGUUUAAAGAUGUGAACAGCAGGUCUACACUCCCUCAGCUUAAGAACUUCAGCAAGCAUUUGCUCCAGACUGCACAUACCUUGUGCAAGAACGUCAAUGAAAGCAGCAUCAGGGAGAUUACAGCAGAUGUUGUGGUUCUUCUAGUAACCAUCAAAGCUCUGGACCAUGCAGAGGAUAUCAUCAGGGAAUACCAGUUGGAAGAUCUGAAAACUCUUGGCAUCAAUUAAUUGGGGAAAGGUUACUUAAUCCUUCAGUUUCAAUAAGUAAAUAGCUGAAGAAAUGUGUCUGUAUCCCCAAUAUUGAGUUUUAAUAUAUUUGAAAUUAGAUGACUGCCCGGUUAAAACUCAUUUAUUGAGCAACAUAAAAAGAAUUUUAAAAAAUCUGGAACAUCAAUCAAGAUGUAAACAUUAAUAAAGUUGAUUUUAUUUGUUGUUGUAUUAUGUUCAGCUUAAAAAUUAUUAUAAACCUUAUAUAGUGAAAAUAUGUUUUUCAUAGUUAGAUAUGAACAUCUAAACAUAUAGCAUUCCUAACAGUAGAAAUAUUAAAUUGAAAUAACAAAACUUUAGGAUUCUUAUUUCAUGUAAAUGAAUCCCAAAUCUAAUUUUGUCAGCUUCUCUGAUGCCAUGGCAACCCCACAUUUAUUUUUGCCAAUUCAUCUCCUGCUACUUCCACCAUCUAUGUGUAAUAUAAUAACACCCACUCUAAGCAAAUGUGUUGAACCCACAUAGUGAAUAAAAGUUUUUUUAAUGUG